AUGUUUCAAUCUUUAGAAUCUUCCUCUCCUAAGAAGAUGUCCCUUAUCGCUGCUCCUGAAUUCGUUCCAAGAACUGAACCUAUAAACCCUAAUGAAGUUCUUGAUGUUGCUCCAAUGAAGAUGGUGAGUUUUGACGAUCUUGCUGUAAAGAAGACUCGCACCCCACAUGCAAGAAGACCCAAAGAAGCUGUUCGUGGUAAGGUCUCUAACCCUUCAUCUUCUACUGCUCAUGAAGACCUAACUAACAAAGGAUUGGAGUAUGUCCACAAUACCAUUGCUAUAAUUGUUACAAGGAUCUUGGAUGAAAAGCAUAAGGUUCCUGGGAUAUCCGUCUCUCUGCAAUCUAUGAUUUCUGAGCCCCCUCAGAACCCUGAACCCAAUACUGAACCUAGGGAAGAUAUCAUAGGUAAGUCUACUAAUGAUGAUGAUGAACACUCGUCUGGUGGUGAUGUCCAUAUGGCUGAUGAUGAUGUACACACCCCUGAUGGUGAUGUACAAAUGGAUGAAGCGGUGGAGAAUGAUGGUGAUGUUCAAAAAGAUGAUGAUAAUAUCUCCUUGCAUUAUCCUUCUAGUUUCAACAGGUGGAAAUAUGUCUACCAGAAGAGGUUGGCCUUGGAAAGGGAGUUGGCUCAGAAUGCUCUUGAGAGUAAGGAAAUCAUGGACCUGAUACAUGAAGCUGGGUUAAUGAAGAUUGUUACCCAUUUCUCUAAGUGUUAUGAAAUGCUAGUGAAGGAGUUCAUUGUGAAUCUAUCAGAAGACUGUACUGAUAGAAAGUCAAAAGAUUUAAGGAAAGUGUAUGUGAGAGGAAAGUGUGUAACCUUCUCAUCACCUGUUAUCAAUAGUUUUCUAAGAAGAUCUGAUGAAGCUCAACCUGAACUGGAGGUAUUUGACAACAAGGUGUGUCAAGUAAUCACUGCAAAUCAAGUUAAAAGCUGGCCCAUGAAGGGAAAACUAUCUACAAGCAAGCUCAACAUAGAGUGUGCUAUGCUGCACAAGAUUUGA